AUGCUUCAGCUUUGGAAACUUGUUCUCUUGUGCGGCCUGCUCACUGGGACCUCGGCAUCUCUUCUUGGAGACCUUAGCAACGACCUGAAUAAUGUUGUGGACAAGCUGAAACCUGCUGUUGAGAAAGGACUUGAGACCAUUGACAAUACAGUUGAAUCUAUCCUUCAGAAACUGAAGGCUGACGUGGCGGUGCUUCAGGAUUCCAAGGUUUGGCAGCUGGCCAAGCAGAAGCUGCAGGAAGCUGAGAAGUUGGUGAACGAUGCUCUUUCGAAGGUCCUCUCACUUAAGAACGGGACUUUGAGCUUGAACAUCCUUAACUCCCGCAUCCUGAAUAUCAGAAUUGAACUGACUCCUGAUGGCGAAGGCAUUAACAUAAGGGUCCCCGUCACCGCUAAUGUCACCCUGGCUCUGCCUCUCAUUGGCAAGAAGGUCAACCUGAAGGUUUCUUUGGACCUCCUGACUAGCCUCAGACUUGAAACCGAUGCCCAGACUGGCAUCCCCAAAGUGGUCGUGGGAGAAUGCCUCAGUGACUCAGACAGCAUCUCCAUCACCUUGCUGGACCGCCACAGUCAACUGAUCAACAAGGUCCUGAACUCCAUGACCAGCAUCCUGGAAAAGACUGUGUCCCACCUAAUAGAGAAGGAUGUGCAAACUUCUCCUUGGGCUGUCAGCUGGAACCUGCACCCCUUUACUCAGCCUGGGGAGCAGGAGAGAGGAGCAGGGCCUGACAGUAGCUGA